UCGGGGAGCCGGAAACCCUCAUCACACUGGUCGGCAAAUUAUCCAUUCGAAGCGAAGCGAGCACGUAACCGCUUAUCGCUAAUUGCCUCGAUAUGCAGGUGAGGAUCCGUCCGGGCGGGCCGGGGCCUUAAGCGAUGAGAAUGCACAUGUUGUGGCCUAAUCUCUGGGCCUACGAAUUUCGAUUUGUCGCCAAGAUGGUUCUACAAAUUACAAACGGAAUUUCAAGUGCGAGGUGGUUUUAAAAUACAAUUCGCAGUGAGUCCGUUUAGUCGGAUCGUAUAUUGAAUUAUCAGGUAAAUGUUUAAGGAAGUAUUAUAGUAUAACUGCUGCAAAAGCUGAAAGCCCUAGCAGAAUAUUUGUCGCAGAUUUUCUUCUAACUACGAGUACUAUGAAUUAUAUAAAAAUUAUAAUAUACCUGAAUCAGAAAAUGCAGUUAACCUGGAAGAUCAUGGAGCUUGUUAAAGCCAACUUUCAUUCGCCCUAACACAGUUUUCAUCUGUGUCCUUGAUAACACAUAAACAUCCAUUUCCCUCUUAUUAUUCCCAUCAAUCUAAACAUUUCAUCAAAUUAAAACAGACUCAAAUGUCAUAGACUAACAUAAAAUAGCUUCUGAACUAGAAAAUUCCUUCCGAAACACACACGAGUUUAGCAUACAAGUGACUAGCAACCAUGGAUUACAAUCGCCAACCGUGUCCUAUAAGGAUCGUAGAGGAUUGCGGAUGCGCCUUUGUGGUGGGCAGCCUUGGAGGGGGCUUGUUUCAGUUUGCCACGGGCUUCCGCAAUUCGCCGACCGGUUUGCUGCGCGGCCUGUACGGCGGAUUAGAUUCGAUGAAGAUGCGGACACCGGCUAUUGCCGGCAGCUUUGCCGUUUGGGGCGCCACCUUCAGCAUUGUGGAUUGCGCCAUGGUCUCACUUCGCCAGCGGGAGGACUCUUGGAAUUCGAUAGUAAGUGGAGCUGCCACGGGUGGUAUAUUGGCAGCUCGCAGUGGCAUGCGUGCUAUGGCCAACAGUGCCUUUGUGGGAUGUAUUGUUUUGGCCAUGAUCGAAGGAGCAGGUGCUGCAGUGGCCACCAUCUAUGCCGCCAAUGAAGGUGGAACUAUAACCAUUAAUGACCAGCCGUCGCAGAGAGCUCAAUGGGAACCUAUCACAUACUCAUCUGGUCAAGAUUUUAUAGCAACCGGUUUCGAGCGGGUGCUAGAGAAAUGUCGAAAAUACAGAGAUCGUAAUAUGACACUGUCGGGAUCAGGAGGAUGUUUAAGAUUGAAGAAGCCAUCGCACUCGCUCCUGGAUCUAAUCAAGAUGGCUGAGAUUAUCUAAUAUCUAUUAUAUGUUUUUGUGGUGCCGCUUAAAAAUUCCUAGCUUUCUGUUGAACUUUUUGAUGAUUACAACUGAUGUCGGCCCCUUCCCAACAAUCUGUAAUAGUAUGAAGUUGCCCAAUGAUGAUUUAUAAUAUUUGGGAAAACAGUUUUUGAAAUCAGAUAUGGACGUAUUUUUUUCUACUCAUCGAGAUAUAAUGAAUAAAUAUCGAAUAACAUUUUUAGACUGAUAAAA